CUGCUUACUUCGCAUCCGGUACAUCUGUUAAGAGAACGAUGCCUCCUGCACGGGCCCAAAAGAAGAAUAACAACGGUUCUCCGAAUCAGCAAAAGAAGCAGACGAAGUCGAAGAUAGAAUUAGACGAUCAUGACGAUGACGACGAUAUAGAAUCCGGGGAACACAGUCCAGACAGUAGCCCUGCAAGAGAUGAAACUCCAAUAAUACCAAGACAGGGGAAGAAAAGGACUGCUGAAGACCAUGGGGAGUUUAACAACGAAAUGCAAAAGAUGCUGGAAUGCUUUGGAGCUGACAUUACAAAGACACUGGUCAAUAAAAGAAAACGUCUAGAACAAUUCACACAAAAUUCACUUAAAUCCAGUAAUAAAAAAGUUGAAGAAAUCUGGAAAAUGCAGCAGCUUGAAAGAGGUAAGCUGCAUACUGAGUACUGCAGACAGGUAAACACUGUUUUCAACCAAUGGGAAGCUGAUCUUGAAAAGACAAAGGAGCAAGAAGAAAAACUUGUUACACUUUUUAAGCAGCAACAAAAGCUUUUUCAGCAGGCAAGAGUGGUCCAAAGUCAAAGGCUUAAGACUAUCAGGCAACUCCAUGAACAGUAUACAAAGGGAAUGGAGGAUCUUGGGACAUGCCACAACUCUCAGCAAUCAAAUGUUCAAUCAGAAUUGAAGAAAGAGAUGACACUCUUGCAGAAAAAAAUCCUCAUGGAUACACAACAGCAGGAAAUGGCCAAUGUGAGAAAAUCCCUUCAGACAAUGUUAUUUUAAAACCAUGAUAGCAUUGAAAAGUUACAUUGGACAAUCAAAAAGGUACAUAGAAAUCAUGCAUUUGGCUGAGUGUCUUUUAAUCAGAGGUGUUGAAUCAUUUUUAGCAACAUUACAUUACAAUGUUGCUUCUAUUUAUAAUAUUUAUGAAAUUAUUUCCUGCUGUACAUACAUUCUAAUAAAGAAUACAAUGAUAA